GCCUUGUCAGUCUUAAACAGACUGUGUCAAAAACGUUCCCUCCCUUUCACUUUCUCUGACCUCGUGGCUCUUCUCCCUCCAUCACCGGCAUUUUCCCUUUCCUAUCUUAACACCUUUCCUAUCUUAACACCUUUCCUAUCAGCUAGAAAAAAACAAGGACUGUUUAAUCUGGAAACAUAACCAACUUCAAGGUCUCUCCAGCUCCUGGGUUAAGUUUUAAGAGAGGGAUUUCCACUGGCAACUCCUCACAACCAAAGCCUGGAUGUCAACGCUCAGAAAACUCUGAAUGAAAUACCCCUUCUUCAGCUGAGAGAAGACACAGAAAACCAACCACCAGAGAGAGAGAGAGAAAAAAAGGCGGCAGAAGAUAGGAACAUCUAGUUUGCAUUUCUGUGAGACAAAGGCUGCCUGCUAGAGCUCUGUCUGUCCAUCCUCCACAAGUCCAAGUGAGACGAGGAGUUCUCCCUCAGGCAACAUGGAGCUUCAGAAGAUGACUAACGGGCACCACUGCACUGACCUGAGCCCAGAGAAGAUCACCCUGGAGGACGGGUUUGAAGGACUGGAGAAUGCAGAACAUGAGAAGUUCCUACCUCAUAAACCCGAUGGGCAGAAGGUGGUUCAGUUCACAGAUUUUGAAGGGAAAACUUCCUUUGGAAUGUCCGUGUUUAACCUCAGCAACGCCAUCAUGGGCAGUGGCAUCCUAGGCCUGGCGUUUGCCAUGUCUAACACAGGGAUAGUCCUUUUCAUAAUCCUGUUGACAUGUAUUGCUGUUUUAUCAGCCUACUCGAUCCAUCUUCUGUUGAAAAGUGCUGGAGUAGUUGGUAUCCGGGCUUAUGAACAGCUGGGGAACCGAGCCUUUGGACACCCAGGAAAAGUCGUGGCGGCUUGCAUCAUAACUAUGCAUAACAUCGGAGCCAUGUCCAGCUACUUAUUCAUCGUGAAGUCGGAGUUUCCUCUGGUCAUUCAAGCCCUUAUGGGAGAUUCAGACAACUCUGGACAGUGGUACUUGAAUGGCAACUACCUCAUCAUGAUCGUCAGCGUCCUGGUCAUUCUCCCCCUCGCUACCAUGAGGCAGCUUGGUUACCUAGGAUACACCAGUGGCUUUUCUCUCUCCUGCAUGGUGUUUUUCCUCAUUUCCGUGAUCUACAAGAAGUUUGCAACUGAAUGUCCGUUAUCUAUGAUGGACAUGCACUCGACCAACACAAGCUUGACCAACACAACAGGGUUGUACAUGUCUAGUACAAUACACUCAACGGGGUACGCGUCUAGUACAGUACACUCAACGGCGUACGCUUCUAGUACAAUACACUCAACGGGGUACCCGUCUAGUACAAUACACUCAACGUACCCCACCACAGAGUUUAUGGCGGCCACAGAAGGCCCUUCUCCUACAGUCCCUCAUGAAAUUACAGCGAUCACUGAGAGCCUGGCAACCGUCCUGCCGGAGCUGCAAGACAUCGCAAACAAUGCCACAGAUUUCCUGUACGCCUUGAUGAAUUCAACAUUUUCAACUAUUGGAGACGUGAGCACGACCUCUGACCUGAGCUCCACGGAUGCUGGCAUCACAACCAUGGCGAACUAUAUUCUGGGCACGACUCCAGAGGGCGACUAUCCAACGGCUCAGAAAAUGGUCUCCCAUGACGACCACAGCAUGGCAGACGGCCCCUGCGAGGCUAAAAUGUUCACCAUCAACCUCCAGACGGCGUACACCAUCCCCAUCCUGGCAUUUGCAUUCGUGUGCCAUCCGGAGGUUCUUCCCAUCUACACAGAGCUUCGCAAUCCAACCAAGAAACGCAUGCAGGCAAUUGCCAACAUUUCCAUAACAGCCAUGUUCAUCAUGUACCUGUUCACCGCCAUCUUUGGUUACCUCACCUUUUACACUCGUGUUGAAUCUGAACUUCUGCACACGUACAGCAACAGUGACACCCUGAUCCUCUGUGUGCGCCUGGCUGUGCUGAUGGCAGUAACCCUCACGGUCCCUGUGGUCCUUUUCCCCAUCCGCAGGGCUCUGCAGGAGCUGCUGUUUUCUGGGAAGCCUUUCAGCUGGGCUCGCCACAUCAUCAUAGCCAUAUGCCUCCUCUUCAUCGUCAACGUGCUGGUCAUCUUCGUACCCAACAUCACACACAUCUUCGGUUUCAUUGGGGCCACCUCUGCUCCCAGCCUCAUCUUCAUCCUGCCUGGAGUCUUCUACCUCCGCAUCGUCCCCGAGGAGCAGGAGCCAAUGAAGUCCAGACCCAAGAUCGGGGCGGCCAUGUUUGCGGUGCUCGGGGUCAUCUUCAUGGUCAUGAGCAUAUCCUUCAUCAUCCUCGACUGGACGUCCGGAGAGAGCCGGAGUGGGGGCGGGCACUAGCCACACAGCCAGCAGCAGCAGCAGCCAAUCAGAUAAUGCAGAGGACAAUCCAGGAAACACUCCUACAUACCCCGCCACAUCCCUAUCUGCCCAAUCACCCACAAGGCCACAGUAGACGGAGGUGGGCUGGAGGCGGAGCCUAACAGCAAUGGCAAAGACUGGACCCAGCAAAAACACCAUAACAGGCUUCAUCAGUACUGGCAACUAACCUGACAUCUUGUUAACUGUUAAGUGGUGUAUGUAUUAAAUUCUCCGGAGCUAGAAGUGUCUCAGAAUACCAAAAACCGUGAGGGUGGAGGGGCAGUUCCACUCUCCAUGGCAACGUGCCUGCAGUAUUAAGCACACAUUUUCUGAAGAGUAGGGUGCAAAGUUCUCAGGAAAGGAAAGCGAUGCCACAGCCCAAAGAUUUUCAAACUCGACUGACAAGCUUGGACACUACAGGACACUACUGUGUUUGUAAACAGUGUAGGAACUCAUGUAAUGGCCCCUAGAUUGUGAGUAUGGAAAGCAAAAGGGAUCAUUUGUCACACCAACUUACCAGCACCCCUGUAGGUUUCUUCGUUAGCACAGCAGUCUCCUUCAUUGCCAAACUCUUCACAUCCUCGUGGUUUUUCGUAGCCUGCCUCUCCUCCCCAAAGUGUCCCUUCACAUGAGGAAAUGGGACGACAAGAAGAAAAGCAGUCAAAAGAAGACACCGAAAACUGACUCCUCAUGACAAUUCAAGUGACUGAAAACUGUGAUGGCUCUGUCAAAUCAGUAACUCUGUAUUAUGUACUGUAUUUAUAAGAGAUUAGUUAUGCUGUUUAAGCUCUGGGGAAGCAUUAACAUUUUCGAGCAAAAAAAAUAAAUAACAGAUGAUCAAAUUAUGCCAUUUAAAAAUUGUUUCUGUCUGCAAGGUAGAGUUUUGAUCUACCUCUGAAGGUUACUGAAAGUAUAUCCGAAUGUAAAAAGUUUCCACAUGGGUAAAAAUGUUUGUAUGUAUUUAUAAGCCAUAAUAUUCCCAGUAAGUCUUUUUAUAUCUCAGAAAAUAAAUAAAUACAAUGGCUUUCCGUGAGGCGUUUCAUCCUCAUAUUGUACAUAUGUGUCCUGCUUAAAUCGUAGACUAGAUUGUUUCUCUGAAAUCCAUAUCAGGUGGUAAAAUGCAAUGAACUGAAACUAGUGAGACGUAAAGUACAGUAAAAGCCCAUACUUAGCACACAGCUGCACAGACAGUGGUAGAUAGAAACUUGGCAGUAUUGUGCAUACUGACUAUAAGGCUUGUUGCUAUAUCAGACUAAACCACAGAGAGGAGCUGUUUGUAUCUUGUCAGUUCUUUUUUUGUAUAAUCAGAUGGGACAAUCAUGAAUGAGUAUUAGUUCCCUGUGUUAAAUGUGCUAAAUGAACAGGCUAAUUUUCAGGAGAUGUGUCAUUUGUAAAUGAACUGUAAAAUGUCAUUUUUGGGAAUGUAUACAUAGUUUCAACUAAUCCGAAUUAACUUAAAUGCAUUUUUUCAAUUUUAAUUAACAAUUUUUUUUAAGGUAUGAAUUGUUUAAAUGAUAUUAAUGUAUAAUGAUGUAUAAUUUAUGAUGUACGGUGACUCAGUCUGGAUCGUGGAAAAGAGUUAGUACAGCUGAGCCAGACAUCAAGACACCGUGUUUCGUUACCUAGGUUACCUAUGCUAGGUUCACAGUCAACCAAAGGGCUUCACGUUCUUCUGAAAAUCAGUCUGUAUGUGUCUGUGUCUUUUUGUCAAUUUCUUUGUUCAAUAAACAGAAAAAAGUUUGAA